AUGCUGUGGCUACGGUGGGGGCUGAGGGUUGUGAGCUGCGGCCUCUCCCCGCCGGGGAGCGCGGUAUAUGGUGGGCCCUGGAGCCGGCUGCGCAGAGUUUUCGCAAUGGCUGAGGAUCUGAGAGCAGCGGUUGCCAGCCAGACAAAGAGACUGAACAGCAGCAGUGAGGUGAUUGAAAGGCUGGAAGAAAAUGGGCAUCAAAACAAAAGAUUGAAGACAGGUGCAAAUGAGGAAGAUGUGGAGGACCAGAAUAAAAAAUCACCCAAAAGGAAGAUUGUGUUGUUGAUGGCGUACUCAGGGAAAGGCUACCACGGGAUGCAAAGAAAUGUGGGAUCCUCGCAGUUCAAGACAAUUGAAGAUGACUUAGUUUCAGCCCUUGUUCAGUCAGGCUGCAUUCCAGAAAAUCAUGGGGAAGAUAUGAAGAAAAUGUCUUUUCAGCGGUGUGCUCGAACAGAUAAGGGUGUGUCUGCAGCUGGACAGAUUGUGUCGCUAAAGGUCAGGCUAAUAGAUGACAUCUUAGAAAAGAUCAAUAACCAUCUUCCUUCUCACAUCAGAAUUCUGGGUGUGAAGAGAGUCACUGGGGGAUUCAACUCCAAGAAUAAAUGUGAUGCCAGAACCUACUCUUACAUGCUGCCAACGUUUGCCUUUGCCCAUAAAGACCAUGAUGUGCAAGAAGAGGCUUAUCGACUGGACAGAGAGACCCUUGACAAAGUCAAUAAACUGCUUGCAUGCUAUAAAGGAACACACAACUUCCACAACUUCACAUCCCAGAAGGGACCCAGGGACCCCAGCGCCAAGCGGUACAUCAUGGAGAUGUACUGCGGAGAGCCCUUUGUGAGGGAAAACGUUGAAUUUGCAGUGAUCCAAGUGAAAGGUCAGAGUUUCAUGAUGCACCAGAUAAGGAAGAUGAUUGGGCUGGUGAUAGCGAUUGUGAAAGGUUAUGCUGCUGAGUCCAUCAUAGAGCGCAGCUGGGGGGAGGAGAAGGUAGAUGUCCCCAAGGCCCCUGGGCUUGGGCUGGUGUUGGAAAGAGUACACUUUGAAAAGUACAACAGGCGUUUUGGGAACGAUGGGCUGCACGAGCCGCUGGAGUGGACGCAGGAGGAGGAGAAGAUUGCUGUUUUCAAAGAGCAGUACAUUUAUCCUACCAUUAUCAACACGGAAAGGGAGGAGAAAUCCAUGGCAAACUGGCUAAACACCCUCUCCAUUCAUGACUUCAACUCGUCUGCUGUGGAAAUGCAAGUUAACAACAAAAAUUCCAAGAACAGCAGUGAUCUCGAAGGCAGCGAUGGUUGUGGUGAUGAUUCUGACUAACUGAAUAAAUGGCUGGAUGUGGAACCUUGACUGCUUGCAAUUCCCUUUGUCUACAAAAAAAAAAGUGGCCUUUCUAAAUCCAAGAAUCCAGAAAAGCAGGAGUUUGUGUGCUUGCAGAACAAGAACCGGAUGGGUGCCCAGGAGAAACUGGGUGGGAAAGAGA